UGGCCCUGCGGCGCCGCCGUCCGCCCGCCUCACGUGGGCGACGCCGCUGCCAGCAGCCGCCGGGGAGGGCGGAAGUGUGGGCGCGGGGCCCGGCGGCAUGGAGGGGACCCUGGAGCAGCACCUGGAGGACACCAUGAAGAGCCCUGCCGUGGUGGGCGUCCUCUGCACCGACUCGCAGGGGCUCAACCUGGGCUGCCGCGGCACCCUCUCUGACGAGCACGCUGGAGUCAUCUCCGUGCUGGCCCAGCAGGCGGCCAGGCUCACCUCCGACCCCACCGACACGCCCGUGGUGUGCCUGGAGUCCGACACUGGGAACAUCAUGAUCCAGAAGCACGACAGCAUCACUGUGGCAGUGCACAAGCUGGCAUCCUGACCCUCCGGAGCCUGCCCAGCACUUCACUCCCACCUCCAGCCCAGCUCCUCCUCACUGGACAACCAAACUCUCCUCUGCUGCUCCAGUGCAGCCUCUGCUUGUAGAACCAAACCUGGGCUCUUCCUCCUCACAGCUCCUCUGCAGCUAUCAGGGUCUUGCCCUCCAGCUCACAUCUUGGCACUUGUGCUGCUGAGGGUGGAAGGUGGCUCACAGCCCAGGCUGCUGUGGAGAUCAGCUCCUGCAGGGGCUGUGUGUGGCCUGCUUUGUUGGAGCAAUCAAUAAACGACCUGCAAAAGCAAA